ACUGUUAACAAGAUUCGGCUUGCUUCUACGCUUGGUGUAAGUUAUAACAAAUAUCAAGUUGAAACUUGAAGCGUUCUUUCGUUUAUUUUUGUAUCUGCCAAUUGGUCGCAGUGUACUGAUUUUAUCUCGAAAGCUAGACAUAAACUAAUUAAAAUGCGCAAAAGGAAAUCGUUAAAAAAGGCAGACGAAGAAUCCGACGCCUCGGAAGGUGUUGCAGAGCCAGAAGAAUUUCAAGAUUCAGGUGAAGAUUGGACCCCUGAUGCCGAUUCGAAUGAACAACCAGCUCGCGGUGGCAGAAAACGAACAUCAAAAGCUGCCAUUAACAAUUCUAAAAAGAAACGUAAAAACUCAUCAUCAGAAGAAAGUGAGGGUGAAGGUGAAGAGGAUGAUGAGGCAGAGGAUGAAGAAGGAGAACUAGAAGACGAAGAGGGCUCGGAUGAUGAGAAAAAUGGCUCUGAUGGAAAUAAAUCUGACUCAAGUCAAUCUAAAGAUAUACCAAAGCAUUUCCAUUCUGGUAACUUUGUUUUACUAAAAUCCGAUGUUAAAUGGGAUGGUGAUACAGUGAUAUCUAAACUGGACGAACUCAACCUUUGGAAAAUUGAUGGAAAGGCAUUAUUGCAGAAAUUCAUUCCGAUGGAAUCUAACGGAAAGAUUCUACACAAAUGCACAUGUGUGUAUUCUGGUUGGAAUGUUGAUAACAGAGAUAAUUACUAUCCCAUCACAGAAAUAUUGAACAGAAAUCCCCAGACUGACUCUAAGGAAAUAUGUGUAGCGCUAGACCUCAAUGAUCUCAUCAUGGUGAGAGACAAGUAACUUGUCUAGUUUUUUACUUAAUUCAAUUAGAUAAGUCAAAACAUAUGUAUCAAAUGAGAAUCUUUCUUUGGCACUUCAUUCCAGUUUACUUUGUGUAAUUCAAUUUUUAAAUGGGGUAAUAAAUUGUUCAAUAAAAUUA